UUGCAUACUUCCACCACUUCUACUCUACUUGUGCCAGUGUUCGGGGGGUUUAUGUUGCAUUUUACCAUACGUGACAUAAUCCAGUUAUUCUUUCGUAUAUUGUAUUCCCUGCAUUUAGAACAGUCGUCUGCAGCCGCGAGUGUUUUGGCACUUUUUUCGGUAUUCGUUGUUUCUAAGAGCAAGUUCACGCUAUGUCUGGACACGGCCACGGCCACGGCCACGGGGGCGGCCACAGUCACGGUUGCUGUGAAUGCGAUCACGAGCCAGCUGAGCGAGGAGUGGAAUAUGAGCUGUACAGACGCAUUGAUAUAGAGAAGCUUCAGUGCUUGAAUGAGAGCCGAGACGGAGACGGUAAAUUGGUGUUCAAGCCGUGGGAUCAACGCACUGACAGGGCGAAGUUUGUUGAAAGUGAUGCUGAUGAGGAACUUCUGUUUAAUAUACCGUUUACAGGUAGUGUGAAGCUGAAGGGAAUCAUUAUUGCUGGGGAAGAUGAUGAGUCACACCCAGCUGAAAUUAGACUGUACAAGAACAUACCCCAGAUGUCAUUUGAUGACACCAGCAGAGAGCCAGAACAAGCGUUUCGUCUAAACAGGGAUCCACUGGCUGAACUUGAGUAUCCAACCAAAAUUGCCAGAUUCUCCAACGUGGAGCACUUAUCUAUUCACAUAUCUCGGAACUUUGGGGCAGAAUCCACUCGUGUGUAUUACAUUGGGCUACGGGGAGAGUACACAAAGGCUCACAGGCAUGAGGUUACAAUCUGUAACUAUGAGGCAGCAGCCAAUCCAGCAGAUCACAAAGUGGAGAGCAUUACUCCGCAGACACAGUUCAUAUCAUGACAAAUUAAGGAGAGAGAAUCUCGCGCUUACUGUGUGAAACAGUAAAAGUGUGCAUUAUUUUGAUAACAGUGAGAUGUUGAACUGAGAGUCUUCAUAGGCUUUUCUUUGAUGUGUUAACAUGGAUUUGACUAUUUAUGAGGAUUUGGUCAUCUGCAAUUCUGCUAAUGUGCCAAUAAACAUUAAGAUAUAUGCAUUAUUUAUGAAUUAGUUUAUGCCUAUGUCAAAUAAACAAAAUAUCCUUGAACUAAGAGAAUGCAACAGAUGAGCGGUGCAAGA